AUGGCUGCAUCUGAAGUAUGGAGUAGUGUACUCCGUAUAGGCCAAGCAAUAUGGCCGGUUUCGAGCCGGCAAACAGCAGCUGGGGGCCAGGGGUCUGAACGACCCAUGGUGGCGCACGACCAGGGGGUGGGCGGGAUCAGUUCCGACUGUGGUCUCCGGAAAUGGCAAGCUUGGACGACAGGCACAGUCCGAUUGAACACAAAGGGCGUACUCCCUGCCUUCCAGAAUUCUCUGGUCGGAUUUGAGGCACAGAUGGAAGACGUAACUCUUUCGACUGUGAAUCGGCCAGUCUCUCUGAUCAGAGAACUUGUGAAGAGUCACAAGAGCGAGCUGAGCCCCAACAGCUUUACUCUCUGGGCUGAUUCCCGGGCGAAAACGCUGUGA